ACCGGAAGUGUCGUUAGAAGCGGCCGUUUCACCUGUAAUUUAAAACCGGAACAAACACGGAGAAAGUCGGUCUGGUCUGGACUGUUUUAGCAGGUGUUUAUUAUGUGACAAUGAGGACAGAGCGUGUGUUAAAACUGGGUUUAUAAGAGGACGUUAACGGCGUGUUUAUCUGGACCGCAGCUGGAGACACAAAACGAACUUCAGAAUGAUACCUCAACAUUAGCUAAACGUCAAUAUUGUAUUAUUUUACUUUCGACCUAACGCGUCCUUUUUUAUUAAUAGCGAUUCAUUUUAGAGGUUUUUAAUACGUCUGAGCUGCAAUGGAGGGGCCACAGUUUUCCAGAACGAGGAGGGGAUUCAGCGGGGCUGCCGGGCUGCUGUGGCCGCUGCUCGUGGCGUGUCUCUGGGUUGCGGUGGUCGGGUACAAGCCGGUGAUCAUCGUGCACGGCUUGUUCGACAGCUCAGAGGAUUUUAAGACCUUAAAGCGGUUCAUCAACGAGUCUCACCCUGGUACCAAUGUGACAGUCAUCGACCUGUUCGACAGAGGUGCCAGUCUGGAGCCCAUGUGGAAGCAGGUGGCAGGGUUCAAGGCAGCCAUUUACCCAAUAAUGCAAAAUGCUGCAGACGGAGUUCAUUUUAUCUGCUACUCUCAAGGCGGACUCGUUUGUAGAGGAAUACUCUUCACUCUGCCUGACCACAACGUCCACUCGUUCAUCUCUCUGUCUGCGCCUCAGGCUGGGCAGUAUGGAGACACAGACUACUUGAAGUACCUCUUCCCUCAGUUUGUGAAGGCGAACCUCUACCACCUCUGUUACACUGCUAUCGGUCAGAGGGUUUCCAUCUGCAACUACUGGAACGACCCCCACCACAGAGACCUAUAUGUGAACAGCAGUGACUACUUGGCUUUAAUUAACAGCGAGAGAACGAACCCAAAUUCAACAGAAUGGAAGGAGAACUUCCUGAAAAUCCAGAACCUGGUGCUGAUCGGAGGACCGGACGAUGGUGUCAUCACCCCCUGGCAGUCGAGUCAGUUUGGAUUUUAUGACGACAACGAGACCGUCGUUGAGAUACAGCACCAGGAUCUGUAUCUGAAAGAUGUUUUUGGCCUGAAGACGCUGGCAGCCCGCGGAGAUCUGAUCUUCUGCUCUUUUCCGGGCGUCCAACACGUCUGGUGGCAUUCGAAUGAGACGGUGUUCCACACCUGCAUAGAAAAGUGGCUAGUGUAGACAGACACACAUACACAGGCAGAUGUUAUGCAGUUUAUUAAGCUUGUCAUCAUAAAAUACAGGAAUCUCCAUGAUCUCAGUUGGUUCAGAAUUAGAUGUCAAACAUUGAGUGCAAUAUUUAUGUUUCUCGAUAGGUUUGGGCUUUUGUAGAUGAAAAAAAUCUUUAUGUUCGUACAUUUAAAGAAGUUAAUCUAUUUGUUUGCUCUCUUGCUAAGACUUCAGAGAGAGGAAGGGAACCUUCUUUUAAAGUCUGCACAGUCAAAAGGAAGCUAAAUCCAACAUUUACCUCCCUCUGACACAAUGUACAACAAUAACUACAAUAUUUUACAUUUAAAAUUCCUGAAGUUAUGGAUUUUUCUGGUAUUUUUGAGAUUUUGUCGACUUGGCAAAGUUCUAAGACCGCACACAAUGGGUUUAGAUUAGGUCCUCAGAGCAGGAAUCCACUGCAAAAUCCGAUGGUGACCAAAAUCAGACUCCAUCACUCUUUGGUGUGAACACUGUUACAGAGUGAAGAACAAUCUUUCUUCUGAGCUUUUAAACCUGCCGUUAGAGAUGCAAGAACGUCUUCUAAAGCAAACCUUUUUCUACAACAUGUCAAGGCAUGUCCUAAGUUAACCAGGCUGUGAGAGAGAGCAAGAUUUUUAGCAGAUAACAGGAAGCCUGAAUGGAGUACAGCAAAAUUGCUUCAUUUAAUCAUUUUGAGGUUUCAACCUCUUUCUGCUAUUAAAACUGCUUGAUUUGCUAUAUGUUGGGAGCGUUGUAGAAAUCUCAGAGUUCAGAUAACAAUCCAUAUUCUUUACAGGGACCUCUGGUUUAGUAAUGCUAGCUGCGUAGUUGCUAAUAUAAGAAAGAUAGUUUAAAAUGUCAACUCUGUAAUCAUUUUGUGCUUGUCUUUAAAUAGCGAUGACCAGUCGCAGUACAAAGGUUGGAAGAGAACAUUUUAAAGCUGUUAUGUCUUCCUGUAUUAGAGUUCUUAACAAAUUGGAAUCAGGCUUAAUCUGGGUCAAAAAUGUACCGAGAAAAUUACGAAUCAGCCCCAAAAUCAUGAUUGGUUUAUCUCUCCUUAAAGCUCUUAUUAACCUUAUGACACAGCCGUCCUCAUGGAGUCCAUCUUUCUCCUGACUUGACUCUAAACCUCCAGUGGCUUCACCAGUGGUCAUAAUGAUAUUACAUUUCUCAUUUAAGUGCUAACUUUAAACUGUAUCGUUACAGUUCAGCAGAACCCAUAGGUUUAUGUGCUAAAGCAUUUGCUUUCAUCAAAUCAUAUGAUGAGGUUUCACACCUGAAUAUUAACUCCAACCAACCGCUCAACAUGAUUGAAAUUCAGGAAAAAAUUAACCCAUAACAUUUAAGUUUAUGCAUUGUUGCAAUAUGCUUUAAGAAAUUGUUUCUGUAGUCAUGAAAUGGGUCGCACCUUGUAAAUCUAGGAGAGUAAUCCUAAAAUUCAGGACACAGCUGGAAAUUUUAGUGAUGAAGUUUAUGCGAUCUGCUUAAAAUAUUAAAUUGGACCUUAAAGGAAUAGUCCAGCUAUUUAUGUGGUCAUUUCUACAGAUAAAACCUUGUAAAAUAACUAUUUUAGUUCAACUGCUGUUAAUAUAACACGGGGGCUGUUUUCAGCCCAUUCGAACAAAGGUUGAAAUCAGGGAACAUGAUUAUUCAGUUCUUAUCAAGCACAAACGACUCGGUCAGUUGCCUCCUCUACACUGAUCCACUGGUUUAGUUACAGAUAAGGGAGGAGGUGCCAAAUCCACACUGUUACCAAGAAAAGCAUUACAUGAAGUUGCUGCCUAUGUAUCCUGUUUAGUUAUUUCUGAGCUUUUAUGACCCUUACAGCUGAUAUUUGCACCGUUUUUAGUUUGUAUGAAAUGCUAUUUUGUUGAUGCAGACAGUAAUAUGUGUUUUAGUGUCUGUCAGACAUAUCUUAACACCUUGCAAACCCAAUGGUGCCUGAGCGACCUGCUGUGGUUCUGUACAGACUCAUUACUGCCCUGCUCGUCUUGUGAAACACACAUUUAUACCAUGUUUAACAAAGUCAGACCUUUUUAUUUUCCUUUUAUUGUUGGUGUGCAUGAGUGAUCCGAUCAUUAGUAUCAGGGGUUUUCUCACUUUCAUGCAGUAAUCUAGGAAAGUUCUGCUUCCGCUUUAGUAGAUUAAGCCUUAAAUGUUUUUUCCCUACAUGCCUCUGUGUUUCAUGUCCAAAGUGCCCUGACACACUGCCUUCAGUGACGGUGCUAAAAAACAAACAUAUAUAGGAAUAACUGGGAAUGAGUUCAAAGCAACCUGUCAGGCAGUGGUGCAUUACUGGUCCACCAAAAACGUACAGUUCUGUUCAGACAGCUACACUCCUCAUGGGUAUGUGUCAUAUUAAUAAUUUAGUCAUUUUAUCUGAACCAGUGUUUUUCGCAAGGUGCACUGGAAACGACACAUAGAGCUUCAGUUAACCAUAGACUUUUGUGGCCAUCAACAUGCUUCUGAAAUAAUUUCCUGUUGGAUAUUUGUUGACUCUUCCUGGCAGAAUUGAUGGAAUUCAUUUCAACUGGUUGCUUUCCAGGUGUUCGGCGGGGUCUUCAACGUAGUCGACCCAUUUUCAGUAUGACUAAGGGGCAACCUGAAUGUUGGCUUGCUUUAUUCAUUCCAAAACCGGUUCUGGUGUGUGUUUGGGAUCAUUUCCAGUUGAAACGCACAGUUUGUAUCCUAGUUUCAACCAUCCACCUGUUGAUUUGAGGUAAAGGUGAUUUGGAAUGUAGUUUAUCCUGUAGCACAUGCAACAAACCAGCACACAUCAUGAUGUUGCCAUCACCGUACUUUACUAUUGGUGCAUUAUUCUUUGGUUUAAAGCCUCACUUUCCCUCCUCUAGGCACUUUUCUUUUCAUUAUGACCAUGUAGCAGUAUCUCUGUCUUCCUGACCAUACAGAGGUAAUUCCCUAGAGGUAAUUUGGUUUAUCCAUUUGGGCUGCUGCUAAUACAGUUAGUCUUGAGGGGGACUAUUCUUUCUUACUCUAUCCACAUUUAUGUUGACCUCACUUCACUUUGUUGAAACUGGCGUUCAAGCCUGAGUUGUGGGGUUCCUGAACAUUAUAAUUAAUUUCCUUUUUAUCUGAGGGGCCGAUUUGUUUCUUGGGUGUUUUGAAUCUUGGAUGUAAUGCGAUGCAAACACACAUCAGAACAGGGUUAGAAAUGAAAAAAGCAGGCUCUUGACCUGCUUUCUAAAAUAUUGUGUGGGUAAUGUCUCUUGAAACCAGAAAUUUUAAAUGAACUCCAAUAAAAUAGGUCAAAAGGAGAGGUUGGCUUACUAAAGGGUUUUAUUUACUAAAUUAGUGGAGGUGUAUGUAUAUAUUUGAGCCUGUAUUUAAAAUUUUGACCCUGUGUAAAUUGGAGAAAACCCACACUAAAUCUAAACUUGUGCAUCUGCAUUUAAUCAAACCAGAUUAUGGGUUCAAUGUCCAUGAUGGGUGAUGAUGAUGCAAACGUCUGAGCAGAACUGUAUGUGUGGUAAACAUUUCUUACCCUCCAUCACCUUUAGGUGGUUCAAGCAGCUCAGUGAUUUUCAUUUUUAUUAGAAGAGGGAUUCAUUUUAUUCCUAAACUGGUUAUAUUUUUGUUUGCCAAUUCUGCAGAAUGUUUUAUUUAUGUUUUAUUUAUCAAAAGAAGGGAAACGUGUUUUUGAUGUGACAAGACGAGAAGUGAAUUAUUAAAGCUUGGAUUGCACGAGUGAGAAGGGAACUCAUGAACAUGGGAUGGUUUUAAAUGUGUUCAAGCUGCUGAGUUUUUGGUCUUGUUUUGAUAUUUUGUUGUUUCUUAUAUGAAACUUAUGAGUAUAAAGGGACGCCCUGCUUUGUUCUGUAGUUCUGCUGUUACAACCAGUUACUGUAAAUAAGCUCCUUUUUAAAACUAAAAUGACUAUUUUACACGUUUUUACAGUGUUUGUCCUGCAAAUUCAAAAAACUGACAGCUGCCAUUUUCUCAAUAAAUGCCUGUUUGAACAUAAA